AGAAAGUUCGGCGGCCAUAUUGAAUCCAGGGACCGUCUGUUGUGACGGUGUGUGAGCGCUUCUCUGCAGCGAUUUUACCGUUUCUUCACGUUUUACUCGGAAUUAGACACACAAAAGAAGACCAGCAUGGUGGUUCUCCAUGUGAAGAAAGGUGAGGAGAGUCAGUUCCUGUACGAGACGACUGUCGCUGCACCACUGGACGAUGUCAUCAGGGAGGUAUCAGCAGUAUACAACGGCAGGCUGAAGGUGGAGAGAAUUUGUGCAGAAAUGGAGGAGUUGGCUGACCACGGUGUGACCCUGCCUGGUAACAUGCAGGGUCUGACAGACGAGCAGGUUACGGAGCUGAAGCUGAGGGAUGAGUGGGGGGAGAAGUGUGUGCCCAGCGGAGGGGCUGUCUUCAACCAGGACGAGAUCGGCAGGCGCAAUGGACAAGCUCCAAAUGACAAGAUGAAAGAGGUUCUGAAGAAAACUGUCAGUGAGGCAAAAGCUCUCAUUUCCAAAAAACAGGUGCAGGCGAAUGUGCAGGUGACAGGACAGCUGGUGAAGGAUGCGCUAGACCAGCUGCGAGGGGCCACCAUGAUCGUGUACCCCAUGGGCCUCCCGCCACACGACCCAAUCAGGAUGGAGCUAGAGGAUAAAGAGGAACUAGAAGGAACACAGGCUUCCCUCCAAGUGAUCCCAGAAGACCAGGCCAGCCUCUGGUUCUCAGGGAAGGAGAUGCAGCGUGGAAAGAACCUCCGGGACUAUGUCGGCAAAAACGAGAAAACAAAAAUAGUUGCUAAAAUACAGAAGAGAGGCCAGGGUGCCCCGGGGAGAGAGCCUGUGUUCUCAGAAGAGGAGAAGAAACAGAUGAUGCUGCACGCCUACAGGAAGCAGGAGGAGAUGAAGAAACUUGCGGAAGACAGCGAAGAUGCCUACAUGAAUUCGGAAUGGGCAGACUCCGGAAAACUGAAACAGGACCUCCAUGGAAUUAGGAAUGUCAGCUGGAGGCCGCGAUAGUCGGACCGCAGGGUCGUAGAUAGGAUUUCAGUGUUCUAAUGGAAAACUAGUAACUUAGCUAUCCUUGGUCAGUAUUAUAAAAAUGUGCCUUAAUUUCUAAUAGCUAAUAUCAUGAUGGCUUUUGGUGUUGAGGUUUGAAGUUCAAGGAGUGGUAGCUAAACUUUACUACCUUGUCCACCCUGGGUCUUAAAAGGUAUGUAUUGGCAGUUAAUAAGCCACAGUAAACCUAUUCAUAUUGGAUACAGUGAUAGGAACAAUAACAUAAUAAAAGCCUUUGUCAUAUGUAUUUGCUACUCUUUUGAAAGGUUGUGUAUAAACUCAGAGGAGACAAGAUGGUUGGACAGAUUUAAAACCCCUGAAGUGUUACAGUAAAUUUAUCUCUUGAAAGACUAGCCCUGUGACUAUGUAAACUAAAGUAAAUAGAAAUAAAUAUGGCUUGAAUGGAUCUUACAUGUUAGACUUAUAUCAGUUUCUCUUGUACAUCAAAUAACAGCACAAAACCCACUCCAAAAGUUUGUAGAAAUUUUAUUAGAAAAUAGUUGUACAUUUAUGACAACAAAAAAAUGGCAAAUAUCAACUUUAUUCCUAUACUAUUAUAAAGCAAUAAACUAUGAUAGAUAUUUUACUAAACAAGAAAUGCAGUAGCCAGUUCAAUGUAAACAUCAUGCAAGUUACCAGUUUUGUUGGAAGCCAGACCAGAGGUAGGUGUAUGGUAGCCUGGCUACCAUCCUGGUUGGGUCUAUAUCUGCUCUUAUACUACUUAUAGUCAAUAUUGGAGCACAUGUAAACCUAACAAGG